AUGGAGUUCUGUGCUGAAAGUUCCCAUUCAAAUGGGAAACAAACUUUGAAGCAUUCUAAACCUGCAGAUGAAGUGAAAAGAUCCAGUGAAAAGGCUCACAGAAGUUCUUAUUUAACCGGAAAGCAAAAUGUGCAGCAAACUUCGACCUUUGUUAAUCAUGCUGCAAAUUCUUGGCACGAGGAUAGAAGAAAAUGGGUCGGUGAUAAGUCUCAACAUCCACCUAGAAUAGCUAAAGAUCCAAUUAUUAGCUGGUCAACGUCAUAUGAAGAGCUGCUUUCAACUAACGAGCCUUUUGCAGAGCCAAUACCCUUACCUGUAAGAUUCCCUUACCUGAAACAAUAUAAUCUAAUGCAUAAAAAUGAGAUGGUAGCUUAG